AUGGCUGCUGCUGCUAUCAACGGAGGUCGGCGUCCCUUCGUGGAUCUAGUAUUGGUGGUUCCUCAACCUCUUCCAGAUAUGUCUGUGGCUUUUCGUCUGCCGAAGUCUAAGGAUGGAGAAAUUUUUUUCCAGUUCUCUAAGGAGGAAGUCCAACGUUCUGCUGAGCCAUUUCGGUAUUCGAUCGUAUUGAAGUUUUUGAGAAACAGACCAUCUUUGGAUGCCAUUCGGGCCUUCAUUCAUAAGAGAUGGAAUCUUGAUGGAGUUCCAGUCGUCUCCAAUAUGCGGCAUCCUCGGAAUGUUUUUAUUAGAAUGGUUUCAGAAGAAGAUUGCAAUAAGGCUCUGUCUCGUGAAGUUAAUGAUAUAGAUGGAAUUCCUUACCGUCCAUUCCACUGGACUCCAGAAUUUAAAGAAGAAAAAGAACCUUCGCUUGUUCCGGUGUGGAUUGUACUUCCAGGUUUGCCUCCAAAUUACUAUCAUGAAUCUUUCCUUAAAAUUCUUACAGCCCCUAUUGGUAGAUUUAUUAGAAGUGAUAACUCUACUCGUUGUGUUACUCGGACUGAUGGUGCUCGUAUCUGUGUUGAAAUGGAUGUUGCUAAGAAACCGUUACUUUCUUUUUGGAUUGGAAUGCCUGGUUUGGGAACUAGCAGAAAGCAAGAAAUUGUUUAUGAAACGUUGCCAGCGUUCUACGUUGAGCCAAAAGAACCAGCUGAGGAGGAUCGGGUGUUAGUUGUUCAAGCAGAUAAUCUUGAUCAUGCGGAGUUGGAACCGGAAAAGGAUCAAGAGGAUAAUCUUGAGAUUCCGGAACUUACAGAAGAAAUGAUUCCAAGAAUUAUGGACGGAAAUUUGGAUUGUGCGAACCGUUUAAGGGAAAUAGAAUUGGAAACAGAUAUGAGGGAGGGGGAAGUGAUUCCUAGUUCUGCAGAAAAAGAUGUUUAUGAUGGACCUGAGGAAGAGGUAUGUCUGGAAGAUGGGUCGAUGUCUGAUCCGGAACCUGAGAAAUGUGCGGAAGUUUUUUUGCAGGAGAAGGAAUAUCACUCGGCUGCCGAAGAUGAAGUUGUUCAGCGUAAAUAUCAAAAGAGGCAGUUUGAGAAGAUCCGUAGUUCUAGGCGGAGUGUGGUUAAAAUCCAUAGUUUCAUGCGGUUAUUGAAAUUUGAUGAGGCGAUAUCAAAUGAGACUGAUGGUGGUAAAAUCUGGGUGUUUUGGAAAAAUGAAUUGGAUGUGCAGGUGGUUCGCAUGAGUUCGCAGUUUGUGUCAUUAUGUAUUACCGAAGGAAGUAAUCAUUUCUUGGGUAAUUUUAUUUAUGCAAAGUGUAAUAGGCUUGAACGUCAGCUGUUUUGGGAGGAGUUGAAUUCGGAUAGAAUGGGUGUGGAGCCGUGUUUGUUUGCUGGGGAUUUCAAUGUAAUUCGGUCGGAUAUUGAGAGGUGUGGUGGGCGUCCGAGGAAUAGAGUUGCAAUUGAUGAGUUUAAUAGAUGGAUUCAUCAGGGUGGGUUGUUGGAAAUGAAUUCACAAGGUGGUAAGUUUACAUGGUGUAAUGGUCAGCAAGGGUUAUCUAGAGCUUGGGCAAAGUUGGAUAGAGUUUUACUUGAUGCAAAUUUUCUGUCUCUUUUUCCGACUGCUCAUUGUUUGUAUCUUCCUAGGACUACAUCGGACCAUUGUCCUAUGGUUAUAGAAUUUUUAAAUGAUCCUUUCUCUUAUGGUCCACCUCCAUUUCGUUUUCAGCAAAUGUGGGUUGAGCAUCCGGAUUUUAUGACUUUUGUUCAAAAUGUUUGGUCUGAAUCGGUUAUAGGUUCGGGCCUUUUUAAAUUAGCUACUAAACUUAAAAAACUUAAGGUGGCGUUGCGUGUAUGGAACAAGAGUGUAUUUGGGAGAACUAAUAAUCAGAUUGCUAUUCUUGAAGAUAAGAUUGAGAAUCUGGAAAAUUUGUUGCAGAGAGGUUGGGAUGAUGAUAUUGAAAGGGAAUUAGUGAGGAGUUCUAAUGAGUUGUCUUCUUGGAGGCUUAGAGAGGAUAUUAGAUUGGCACAAAUGGCUAAAAUUAAGUGGAGAAUGGAUGGUGAUAGGAAUACAAAAUUCUUUCAUGUGUGGUUAUCUAAUAAAAAGCAUAGGAAAAUUCAUCAGUUGAGAACUUCGAAUGGGUUGGAGUUUAAUUCUCCGGAAGAAAUUCAUCUUGGAGCUAUUGAUUAUUUUUCUGAGUUUCUUCAAAGAUCUAAUCCGGUUAGGGAGGUGCCUGAUUUAUCUAGUUUAAUUUCGUCGGUUAUUAAUGAUGAGGAUUGUGUCCGGCUUUGUGGGAUCCCUUCGUUGGUUGAAGUGAAAGUGGCUCUAUCAACUAUUCCUAUUAAUAGGGUGGGCGGUAUCAUUAGGAAUGAUCGUGGUCUUAUGGUUAAUGCUUUUAAUUCUUCUAUUGGUAUCGGUACAAGUAAUAGAGUGGAGUUGUUAGCUGUUCUUCAGGGGCUCAAGGCAUGUUUGUAA